GCACAUACACACACACACAUCUCUACCAAAGCCGGAGCAGAAUGCAGCAUUUAACACACCAGCUCCCAAGAAGCUUUCCAGUUCGGUUUCGUUAAUUCACCAGGACUUCGCUGUUGAUGUCUAUUUGGAAUCAUGGGGACCUUCCCUCUUUCUCUGGGAUUCGGUUGUCUUUUUGUGUUUUGCGCUCAUUUGGGUUCCUCAUCCCAAGCCCGGUUCACUGAACUCCCCGAGAGUGUGACAGCGAGAGAAGGGGACAAUGUGGAAAUGGCCUGUGCUUUCAGGGGCAGCGGCUCCCCGUCCUAUUACUUAGAGAUCCAGUGGUGGUUCAUCCGAGCUCCAUCGGAGCAGGAAUACAGUCCAGAGACCAGCAAGAUUCAGUUGGACACUUUGCCACAAAGCGAAAUGAUCAACGACGAGACGAAGAUCAGUACCGUCAAAGUGAUGGGCAGUGACAUCUCGCACAAGCUGCAGAUCUCCAAAGUGCGGAAGGAUGACGAGGGUCUGUAUGAGUGCCGAGUGACCGACGCCAACAACGGCGAGCUUCAUGAGUACAAGGCUCAGGGGCACCUGUACGUGAACGCCAGCCACGCCCGGGCUCUGCAGGCACUGGAGGCGCCGCCUCUCCCCCUGCACGAUGGCAAGGGGCUGCGGGCACCAGCCGGACCGGCUGCGGCUCCUUCCAGCGAGCGACCGGGCCGGCACUCCCCCAGCAACCGAGUGGCGCACACGGGACAGACCGGAGCCACGACCAGACCCGCGGCCACAAUCCUCAGGCAGAGUGCCACAUCCACAUCAGCAAAGAGCGAUUGGAUGGUAAAAUCCAUGGACUGGACAGCAAAAUCGACUUUAAACUCCCACCUUUCUGCACCCAAUGCACUGUAAUUCUCUAGAAACGGGAGCCCUUAGCGAGGCCGGCAAAGCAAGCGAGCUAAAGCGCCACUGGCGACAGUGGCCGAGGAUAUUCACUGCAAAUGGAUCUUGACAUUGAUAAUGAACCACUCUGGGGGCAAUUCGUGUGCGAGAUUGCCGCUCUCGGGGCGUUCUCUUACACAAAAGCAAAACCGGGCACCAGGAGGGCCACCGGUGUCCAUAGACCUGCCUGAAGUGCAUCGGAGCCUGUCAGCUCAGCGUGGGUGCAAGAUUUUAACUGUCCCCGUCUCUACAUUAAAGGCACUCUGAUCAUUCUCUGAAGGUCUUGAUUUCCACCAUAACCCUCUGUGUAAGUGUGUGCAGGAUUCUCGUUGCAAUAGAGACACCUUCAGGACAUGUGCGACGUUUCGCUCUCAGCGCCUGGAUGUUUCACUUUACCUGUACUAGUUUGAUAUAUCAACCCAUUGGAAACCUCCCGUAUGUGCAGAGCCGAUCUAAAGCCGGAUGUUUUAUUGCUUCUCAAUGUGCUGUCGUUAACCCCUUCUCUUCCCCCUCCCUCCCUGGACCUAAAUGUCCCUUCCACCAUUACAAUGCUCGGUGUGACUCCAAGUACGGUUUUAUUUUUUUCCUUUUUUAAAUAACUGGCUGAAUCCUAAUUUUAAUAAUAACACACUGUGUGACCACCCCCUUUAUUUUUUCACCCCAUUAACGUAUUCACUCAAGAUUCUGGACAAUCGCUUAUCGGGAUGCAAGUUGUGUAUUUAAACCAAUUUUCG